ACGAAAAAGUGCCCCGUCUUUCACUGAUAAUGAGAGGCCUGAGCCGCGAGAGAUGGAUGAAAAGUUUUCGUACCAUGUUGCUGCAGGUGCCACUUUGUAUUUAUAGAAUAUUGCUCCUCUAGCAUUCCCUGUUUUUGAAACAAAAACAACCAUCUGUCAGCAAGCGUGGUCUUUCAUACUUGACUCGAUGGCCAUCAGUAUUCAAUGAAGGAUGAGAAAGCGCGACGAUUCUAUUCUUCAUAUUGACGAGGUGGACAGCAUGCAAACUCAGUCAGGUACUGCGGAGCACCAGCACCCUCCCUGCUAUGUGGCUUCUGCUGCGUUCAACGACCGACUUUGAUGUUCAGUGUGCUCGAUUACACGACGACUUGACGCAUCGGCAGCUAUCAUGGCGACGUGCGGCUGAGGGAAGUAAUCUCUUGAUGAGUGGGUUGUUAAGCUCUUUGCCCAGUAUGACACUGGAAAAAAGUGCUACAACUGGAAGAAGAACAUUUGAAUAGACGCAAAAAGAAGGGGAAGAAGUAGAAGAUUACGUGGAGGAUAAGAAUAUCGCGACGCUGUCGUGACUAAGGAUGGUUUCAAGAUCUGAAAAUGAAAGGGUGGUUGAUGAUUCUCAAACUCAUUAGAGAGGCAUCGGGCUCACUUCUAGUUACUUCUUGUCUUGUUCUCCAAGUCAGUGAAAAUUUGUUCGCCAUAGUGCUCAAAAGCGAGUGGCCUGAACCGACUGCCUUUUUGCGAAAUCUGUGUUAGAUAAUAUAUUUUUCUACUUAUCAGGGGGACUCCGGGGGGACCUCAUGGGCUGUAAGGUACUUGAAGGAAUAGGAUCCUGUUCUAAUCAUGUAAUUGUGUAAUAGAUUUUUGUGUUUUUUGUCUUGGCUUCCUUUUUUAAUGUCCUGGCUUGGUUAUUUCUUUCUUGUUUUCCAUUUCUUGCUGAACCUUAGUUUCCUGUUUCCUUGUCCUUCCUUUUGCCUGAAAACGCCAAACAUAGUCACAAACCACUGGAUCACAACAAUCAAGUAAAAAAUGAAAAAGGGUUUCACAAAAGUGCUAAGGUCAACACUCGGUUGCAUGCUGUUGGGUUAAUGUAAGAAAAGAGGAUCCAACCGCCAAAACUACCGCAGAUCUCACCUCAAGUAGCUCCUCCACAUGACGCCGCUCAACCUGUACAUCCACUUCAAGGAUAGGGCUAGUAAUGAAGCUCGCAAUUAUUAUUUGUCUUUUGGUUUUCUUGUCUUUCUUUUUGUUUACUAUCACACAAACAUACCAUUUACUUUCCUGGAAGACGAACUAGGAUCCUAAAUCCUGAACGCCUGAUCCAAUCGUGUUGCUCUAGUGCCCUUAAAAAUACAGAUGAAGUAAGAUCAUGAUGAUCCCUCAAAUAAUAAAAUAUAUUAAGAUCAAGAUCCCUAAAGUACAGCAAUAAAAUCUAAAGAAAGAUCAACUACCUAAGAACUCCGUGGAUCUUGCGUUGAGACGUCGCCACUCGCGGAGCCAGUCG